AUGGCUCAAGAUCUGCCUUUCAAGCUCGCCAAUCCCGAUCUUCUCAAGACGGAUGCUUACGUCCACGGUUCCUGGGUGGAGGCAUCCUCAAAAAAGAGAUUUGAAAUCGAGGACCCGGGAACUGGGAAAGUCUUUGCCUCAAGUCCAGACUUUGACCGUUCCGAUGUCGACGCAGUGGUGAAAUCAUCCCAUGAAGCUUUCCAGACCUUCCGCUACGAGAACCCGAGGUCUCGGGCCAAGAAGCUGUUAGAGUGGGACCGCCUCAUUCGCGAGAAUCGAGAUGACAUUGCCCAAGUUCUCACCCACGAGUCUGGCAAGCCUCUCGCAGAAUCUCAAGGCGAGCUUGACUAUGCGCUGGGUUUCACGUGGUGGUUCGCUGGAGAGGCCGAGCGCAUCCGAGGAAACAUCUCGACGCCGUCUGCACCUAAUCGGAGAGUCGUAGUCGUGAAGCAGCCAAUUGGUGUAGCUGUCGCUCUGGUGCCCUGGAAUUUUCCCAUUGCAAUGAUUUUACGCAAAGCCGGCGCUGCAUUGGCAGCAGGUUGCACCAUGAUUGCGAAGCCGUCACCGGAGACACCAUUGACGUGCCUCAUUCUCGCACACCUAGCCACAAAGGCAGGAUUCGGGUCGGGUGUUUUCAACGUCAUCACAACGUCUCUCGACAACACCCCUGAAGUAGCAGAGGCUCUUUGCAAACAUCCUCUGACGAAGAAGGUCUCCUUCACGGGCUCGACCAACAUUGGCAGUCUGAUCGCCAAACAUUGCGCCGAGGGCCUCAAGAAGCUGACCCUGGAACUCGGAGGAAACUGCCCCUUCAUCAUCUUCGAAGACUGCAACCAAGACCAAGCUCUGGAACAAUUGCUUGCACUAAAGUGGCGUCACGCAGGCCAAGCUUGCAUCACAGCCAAUCGCGUCUACGUCCAAGACGGGAUCUACGAGGAAUUCCUGGAGAAGCUAGUCGAACGAACCAAGAAGAUCAAGAUGGGCCACGGAACCAAGUCGGAUACGACCAUGGGACCCCUGACGACGCCCCGCGCCAUCCCCAAAGCCCAAGCUCACGUCAAAGAUGCAGUAGAGGCAGGUGCAAAGGUCGUACACGGCGGCCGAAAGGGAACCGAAGUCGGUCUUGAGGCUGGAUACUUCCACGAGCCGACUAUCUUGCGCGAUAUGAAGCAGUCUAUGCUUCUUAGUCGCGAGGAGACCUUUGCACCCGUUUUGGGUGUGUACAGGUUCAAGACCGAGGACGAGGCGGUGCAGUGGGCCAACGAUACGAGCAUGGGUCUGGCCAGUUACUUCUUCACCAAGAAUAUCGACCGCACGUGGCGGUUGAUGGAGAACUUGGAUGCUGGAAUGAUCGGGAUGAACACUGGCAACUCGUCGGCAGCCGAGUCUCCAUUUGGCGGUAUGAAGCAAUCUGGCUACGGAAAGGAGUCUGGAAAGGACGUGGCGAUUGAGGAGUACCUCGUCUCGAAGACUGUGACUAUGACUCUGGAGGAUCAUUACUGA